UUUGCGGGAUGCCCUACGAAUACUGCGAGUACGGAAACUCCUUCAGCCAGUGUAAGGAGGCGAACAAGGAGAAGUACAACUAUGACAUCGUAAAGGGCGACUCGGAAAUGAGCAACAAGCGGCAGGCAAAGAAGGCCCCCCAGAAUGCGACUCAAAAAAUUACCAUACAAAAGACUACGCGGGCACGAAAAAAAGUUGUCACCGUUGUAGUGGGGUUACAUACGUAUGUCAAAUUGGACAAAAUGGCAAAAAUAUUUUCACGCUUCUAUGCGUGCGGUGCGUCCGUUAUCAAGGGGGCAAAUGGGGCCCCCGACCAGAUAGACAUACAGGGAGAUGUCGAACAUAACAUUGUCGAAGUCAUAAUGAAGAACUGUCCAGAAAUUCCUGAAGGCGUCUUCGUAACGUUGCCCCCCAAAU